AUGAAAUCUGUAGAAACCCUCUGUACUUUUGCUUUCCAGCACGAGACAGUUGCUGGAAUAUUCUUUGAAUCCAAUAUUUUAUACCCUGAAACAAACUCCACGGGAUCCUAUGAUAGGUCCAUUGUGUAUUGCAAAUCUGAUGCAGCUAGUUUAUGUUUAUCAUGUGACCGUAAUGUCCAUUCUGCAAAUGCCCUUUCACAUCGUCACUCAAGGACACUCGUGUGCGAAAGAUGUAAUUCGCAACCUGUCUCUGUCCGAUGUAUCGAGGAGAGGGUAUCUCUUUGUCAGAGUUGUGAUUGGAUAGCUCAUUGUGGUUCACAUGCACAUAAAAGACAAGAAGUUAAUUGUUACUCGGGCUGCCCUUCAGCAGCAGAACUUUCCGUGAUAUGGUCGUUUCUCCUAAAUCUCCCUACAUUCAGCGAUUCUGCUUGUGAGCAGGAAACGGGGUCCCUGAUCAUCACUGGAAGCAGGCUACAGGAUUGCCAACGUGCCGAAGGAGAUAAUAACAUUCAAGAUUCAUCUAUUGCAGUCGGCGAGAAUUGCUUACGUAAUGAGGAUGUUGAUAUAGCAACUGUUUCGAUGGAAUCUACAAUGCCUUCGCUUAAUUCCAAGGUGAACAAUGGAGAACAAGUGAUUGGAUCUUCUAAUUCUUUUAUGCACAAGGCUUUCUUAUGUGGAUCAAAGGGAUCUGCUUUAUGUGAUGAUGAUGGUUUUUAUGAUGAUUUCAAUAUGGACGAAGGAGACUUAAAUAUUGAGAACUAUGAAGAAUAUUUUGGUGCAGAUGUUAAUAACACAGGAAAGCUUUUUGAUAAUGAUGGGAUUGAUGCACUAUUUGCAACAAAAGAUCUGUCUUGUUCCAACUGUCACAGUGCUUCUGCUGCUGAGGUGGCGUCUGUUGGAGGGGUGAAUGUGGAGCAACCAGCAUGCAGCACUGCAGCAUCUGUGGAUUCCGUAAAAAGUUGUAAGAAGGAACCAAGCUUUCAUUUUGUGAGUCAAACACACUCAGACUUUUCAAUUCCAGGCAGUAAUGGGGAGCAUACUCGAGAUUAUCAAGAUUGUAGAGCAACUUCUUCAGUGCUUCUCGUGGGAGAGCCACCAUGGCAUCCUCCAGCUCCUGAAUGUUCGACGCCUUCUUCUAGCCGGAGUGAUGCUGUAAUGCGGUACAAAGAGAAGAAGGCAGCAAGAAAAUUCGAGAAGAGAGUUAGAUAUGCAUCGCGUAAGGCAAGAGCAGAUACAAGAAGACGUGUGAAGGGACGUUUCAUCAAGGCUGGUGAUGCUUAUGAUUAUGAUCCAUUGAGCCAAAACCGAAGCUACUAA